AUGGCGUCUAUUAAUGAAUCACUUGAUGUCCACGUCAGCACGCUGAACGGCACGGCGACCACCCAGCUGGUCAGCGACGCCGUGAGGGACAUGUUCAUCUUGGUGAACCACGUGGUCCUGAGCACGUCCAUCUGUCUGCUGGGCAUCGUCGUCAACAUCCUCAACAUCUGCGUCUUCGUCAAGCAGGGGCUGAAGAAGACCACCAACUCUUGCUUCUUCGCCAUGGCCAUCUCUGACCUGUGCGGCGUCCUGACCCAGGUCUGGCACAACUUCUGUCUCGACCCGUACGUCGACCGGCUCAAUCUGCCGGUUGACUUCAUGGACGUCCAGUACUUGACCGCCGGCUGGCCAAACUCCUGCUUGGUUCUCAUCACCGAUUGGAUAACCGUGUACAUCACCGCUGAAAGAUGCCUGUCCAUAGCGUUACCCUUGAAGAUUAAACAAAUCGUCACCCCGCGUAGGACGGCCUGUGUCAUCGUGUUUAUCUGCGCCAUCAACAUCGGUUCGGUUCUCCCGCUCUACUUCUCGGCCUACUUCAGCUGGAACUUCUACCCCGCCAGCAAUAAAACCAAACUAGGAAUCUCCUUCCUCCCCAACAAACCGGAAAUCGAGAGUUUCAUUUUUACAUUCCAAGCCGCGCUCGCCAUCCUCGCUUUCGUCUGCGUCAUCAUCUUCACCUCCAUCUUAGUUAUCAAGCUGAAGAAAAAAUCAAAAUGGCGUCAGCAAUCCACCUUCGACAAAGACCAAACCGAGUCCAUGUCGAACCGCGAAAGACGGACCGUCAGCCUGAUCAUCCUGGUCGCCAUUGUCCUCAUCGUCUGCUACUCGCCCGCCGUCACGUGCUCCAUCACUACUUCCGUGUACCCGGAUUUCGGCAUCACGGGCCCCCAAUCCAACCUGUUCCACGUGGCCUGGUCUUUCGGGUUCCUGUGCCACUCCAUCAACUCGAGUGUGACCAUCUUCCUGUACUACAACAUGAGCAGCAAGUACCGCGCCACCUUCAACCAGCUGUUCCCGCUCUGCGCGUUCUCGUCUGCUGCUGAGCCGGAUGAAACGUCUCGCUCUAGAUCUAGAGCACCGGAGAGUGCAGUUGACAGCAUACAGAGCAUUCGCAUCUGA